GCUGUGAAGUUUUCAAACUGCCGGUCAAACAAAGUGCUUUGCCAAGCAGGAAACAGGAAAAUAACCUUGGAGGUAGAAACGCUGGACUGUUUCUUUUCCUGGAAUCAGGGAUCAGAUCACAGAAAACUGCCAAAACAGAAUUAAGCAGGAGUGUUUGGACUCGUGCUCAAGCUUUUUUUUUUGACGAUUAAACCGUUUUUGUUUGUAGAUUUAUUUUAGUGCUAUUCAUGAUUUAGUACACUGGCUCAGUAGUAGUGGCACAACUGAGGAGCCAAAGCUGUGAAGUGAAAGUAUUUAUUGAUUCAUCAGAUUUAUUGUGUCAGAGCACAAAGCCUUGUCUGCUUCAUCUAGAGCGCCCGCCCAUUGGGGUUUCUGCGGAGCGAUAGUGGGAGAUUGAUUAUAGUCUCCGGGAUUUGCCGUGGAGAAAGCCGGAGCCUGCUCGGACUGCGAUUUGCUCUCUCUCUCGCUCUCUCUCUCUCUCUCCCUCAUCAGUGGAAGAGCUGGAUAGGAACAUUUUUACGAGGACUUUAUUUGCAGCUUGGCUCCGUGCAGAUCCGCUGUACACGCUUGGCCCUGUGUUUAAUCAGGUAUCCAAAUAACGCGCAAGUCACGCAGGACUUUUUGUCUUUUCGCCGAGGAGGCUGCGAGCGUGAGUCGCCUCCGCAGUCUCGGAUGCGUAGUAAACGGGGAGUGGGUUGGGUCGCCCAGGCGCCUGGCACACGCACACGUCGUCAGCGAUAAAAAAAAAAUAAAAAAAAAAGCAGAUAGGUGAGGGUGAAAGCGAGGGGGGAAGCGGCACCGGAGGCUUUGUGAAGCAGGAGGACACCGGGGGAAGAGAGUCGGACACUGGCUGUGGAUUUGACUCUUAAAGACAAGCCCCCCGGCAGCUUUUGUCGUCCGGGAUUCGUAGAUCCUCCUCUUCUUUCCUAUUCAGGACAAGCGGUCAAGCACACUGUCAAAACCCCCGGCCAGGCAUCGUCUCCCUCAUACUGGAAGUGAAUCUGCGGGGCAACAUACAAUGGCAACCGGUGCGCUCCUUCUUGCCUGUGCGCUGCUUGCCGGUGUUGCCGUGGCUCAGAGAGUUGUAACUGUGCAGAGUGGACCGUUGAUACGGACUGAGGGCUCCCAUGUGACCAUCUGGUGCAACGUGACGGGCUACAAAGAGGGGGUGGAGCAGGACUUUGAGUGGUCCAUGUACCUGGCAUCAGCACCGGACAGGGAGAUCCGCAUCGUGAGCACGGCUCAGCCAAACUAUGCCUACGCCGUUUAUGCCCAGAGGGUGAAUAGUAAAGAGAUCUAUGUGGAGAGGCUGAGCCGCGACUCAGCCGUGCUUCACAUCACCAAAGUGCAGGCCAAGGACCAGGGUCUGUUUGAGUGUUACACACCCAACACAGACGGGCGGUACCUGGGAUCCUACAGUGCACGCACCAACCUUACUGUUAUCGCCGACUCAUUGACAGUAACAGCUCCAGCCCAGACUCUGUCCAAGGUAGAGGGCGACACACUGCAACUUACCUGUGAGGUGUCUCGCACCACAAUGCAACACACUCACUUGUCGGUGGGUUGGUACCUGCGGUCCCCGGAGGAUGCAGCCGCGCCACCUCAGGAGCUGGUCACCCUGUCGAGGGAUUUUGUUCUACGCUCUGGGGGACCAUACCGGCAGAGGAUGGCUGCAGGGGACCUCAGGCUUGACAAAACCAGUGCCACCGCCUACAGGCUGACCAUUCACAAGCUGCAACCAGUGGACCAGGGCCUGCUCUACUGCCAGGCUGCUGAAUGGAUUCAGGACACAGACGACAGCUGGUUUGCCAUGACCCGCAAGCAGAGUGACAAGACUCAACUCCGCAUUCAACCCACUGAUCGGGACUUCAGCAUCCAGGUGAGCACGGAGCGACGGUCCUUCACGGCCGGUGAGCCGCUGGAGCUUCGCUGCACCAUUGAGGCCCAGAAUGUCCCCGAGCGCUUCUUCUCGGUGUCGUGGGUCUUCAGCAGCUCACCGGUGGCCGUGGUGGGCCCCAGUGCCGUGCCUGUCCUGGGCCCCGAUUAUGUCGCCCUCGAGGCUGCUGGUCACAUGACUGUGCGUAAAGAGAGCGCCAACGUGCACUUGCUCAAGCUGCAGCACCUACGCCCCGAAGAUGCUGGAAAAUACAUUUGCCGUGUGACGGAGCGGGAGAAGACGCCCACGGGAGACUUCAUCGACCGCAGCAAGAGGUCCCGCAAUGUUCAGAUCACAGUCCAGCCACUCAAGAGCAACAUCACAGUUUUGCUGUCCAGUAACUCCUCAGAGGUCCUAGAGGGCAACGUGAUGCAGUUGACCUGCUCAGUACACUCUACUACAGGCCCCCUGUCUGUCGUCUGGCAGUGGAUGGACAAGCAAGCAACUGGACCGGCCCAGGAGGUGGCCUCCGUGGAUCGGGACGGCACUGUAUGGCACAGCCCCAGCUACAGAGAGCGCUCCAGCUAUGGGGAGAUCCGUGUGGAGAAGGUGCGCGCCGACACAUUCUCUCUGUCCCUGUAUAAUGCCUUAGCUGGGGACGAGGGCCAAUACCGCUGCACAGCUACCGAGUGGUUUCAGACCGUAACUGAAACAGGGCUAAACUGGGAGCAGAUAGGAGAGAAGUCAGCCACCAAGACAAUCACCGUCAAGACUGUUGAAUCCUCCUUCAUGGUGUCGGCCUCGUCACGGACGCCAUCCGUAACAUUCGGAGACUCCUUUGACCUCAUAUGCCUGGUCAAGCCCCGUCACAACCCUCGUGUCCCCGCCUCCGUCACCUGGCGCUUCAUGCCGACUGGCACAGAAGCGGGCGACGAGAGCAAGGGAGAGUUCAAAGACCUGGUGACUUUCACCCGAGAGGGCACGCUGCGGUGGGGGGAGCAGUUGCUGGGAUUGGGUACCCGCACCACUGUGGACCGUUCCCACUCCAACACAAACUUCCGGCUAUCAGUGACACGGGCAGGGCGCCGUGAGGCUGGCAAGUACCAGUGCACCGCCGAACUGUGGAGGAAGAACUACAACAACAGCUGGAGCAGAGUAGCCAACCGCACUUCCAACCUGCUGGGCAUCAGUGUCCUACAGCCAGAGAGUAAGCUGCAAGUGCAAAAGACCAACCACUCUCAGGUGUACCUGGAGGACAGUCGUGUCAGGAUCAAUUGCUCCAUCGCCGCCCAGACCAGCAAGGAAUCGCAGCACGCUGUGUUGUGGUACGUGAGGCGUGCGACGGGGUCAGAAGCUGAUGAGCUCUUGCUGAGAAUUGAACGCUCUGGGGCAUUCGAGUACGGCGCCUACGCGGACGAAGAGAGACUGCGACGCCGCGUGCAGGCGGAGAGGCUGUCACCUCAUCUCUAUGUGCUGACGCUGAACAGGGCAGAGAGCAGUGAUUCUGGGACAUACUACUGCUUGGUGGAGGAGUGGCUGAGCGACCCAGAUGGAGCCUGGUAUCGACUCUCCAGGGAGUCCUCGGGGUUCACGCAGGUUCUGGUUCGACAGCCAGAGGUUCGACUGCAGGUGGAGGAGAUGGAGUCAAACGUCACAGUGCCGGAGGCUGGCUCUAUCCGACUGGGCUGUAGCAUUCCCUCCCAGUCAUCCCGGGACUCCCGCUUCUCCGUGUCCUGGUACGUGGAGCGCCCCGAAGACGAGGAUGAGGAGGAGCAGCUGGCCGAAGAAGAGAGAGAGCGAGAGUGCGUGUUCUCCAUCGGACAUGAUGCCGUUUUCGGAAAUGGAAACUGCAGUCCCAGAGAGGAGGCGGGGCCAAAUUCCCGCCUGCAGUUUGAGAGGAUGACCUCAGACCAGUACAGCCUAACCAUUCAGGGUGCACGGCCAACAGACACAGGCCGAUACUACUGCCAUGUAGAGGAGUGGCUACUUAACCCCCGCAACGCAUGGUACCGCCUGGCCACCAAUAAUUCUGGGUUCACUAUUGUCAAUGUACUGCAACAGGUGUCCACUCUCCAGUCGGUUGUGUGCUCCAAUGACUCCCUCUUCUACUUCGUCUUCUUUUACCCCUUCCCCAUCUUCGGCAUCCUCCUCAUCGCCUUGCUGCUGGUGCGCUACAAGAGCCGCAACAACAGCAAGAGCCAAGAAGGCAAGAACGGCGCCCCGCUCCUGUGGAUUAAAGAACCUCACCUUAGUUACUCUCCCACCUGUCUGGAUCCACCUGCACUCAGCUUGCACCCUGGCUCCGUUGACUAAACGAGGGUCCUGCACACUGCCACGCGCACAUCGCGGAUCCAGCCAACAGAAUGUCAGGGAGCAUAUCUGGACUCCACCUUCAGACCUUACUGUCGUUCACUGCUGUGUUGAAUUAGUCAAUCAGUUGAUCAGUUUAAAAAUUCCAACCCUGGUGGCUGCCUGUUUUAUGGUGUGUGUGUGUGUGUGUGUGUGUGUGUGUGUGUGUGUGUGUGUGUGUGUGUGUGUGUGUGUGUGUGGGGAUUAGAAUGGGUGUGCCAUGUUAGCACGAGUAAUUGUGCGAGUGAGAAUCGAAGGGCAAGAGAGUAUCAUGAGCCUCUCAACUUUUUGUUUUCUGUGAAACUUAGUCUCAUAGCUGCAUUUUGAUUUUUAUUAUUCUGAAUAUUUGUCUAUUUUUCAAAAGAAAAGAAACUGUGCACAUGAGAUCAUUGGCCAAUCCGGGAAGAACAUUUAAGAGAAGGAACUCUAUAAUCAACUCCGGCACUGAGUGGAUGCCAAAAAAGUCUCCGCAAUGAUCCAAGAGCAGCCUGGCCCACUAUGUUGGUUGCCAUAGUGAUGCUCUGCUCCCACUGACUCCGUAGCUGAUGACUUGGUUGCCAGCCUGCAUAGAGACAAAGCAAAGGACACACAAGUCUGUGUCCUAAGUGAGGAUGUGUGUAUGUGUGCUGGCCCACCUGCCUCCACAAUGAAUUUGCCUUGGCAGACAGAAACAGGUCCUGGUGCGCCACUUAAACACUGCCAGACACUCUGGCCUUAGUGAGAGACUGCUCCGCUCUUCUCUUCUAUCCUCCUUCUCUCCGAAAAGAGACGGCGAGAGAAAAAAAGAGGGAGGGAGGUCGGAAAGGAUGGAGAAUAAAUGAACAGCUCUCUCCUGCUGAGGAUAUACGUACUUUGACAUAAGGGAUUUUUUUUUUUUUCAGUGCCAAAACCUCCUUAUUUCCACGCUGUCCUCUGCAGCUAAUGUUUGAAGUUUUAAAGAGAGGAGGAAAGCGGAUUGGUUCUGAGGCAGAUUGAAUAUGUCUGCUUACCUCCUGCUGUGGGUUUAGGGGCCUUGUGGGCAAAAGGGCAAUUUUUACACUCAUGUUAAAUCAGUUGAAUUGUCCUGCUUAAAUUACACAGUGGGGGUUAUUGACUGAAAUUAAAUUCUUGCACAUUUCUUUAAGUUGCCCAGUACAACCACUCUGUCCUUUCUUUGAAAGAUAUCAGAAUUUGAAAAGAUGCAUAUUAGUUUAAGAAAAAAACAACUUCUGAUUUAUUAAGAGCCACACUGAAGAUUACUAAUAUGUAGAUGUGUAGUACAACACUCUAAAAAUGUUAUCUGCACAUUAUAUGAAAACACAUUGAUGGGUGAGGGCAAAUGUUUGACUUUUGUGUUUAUUUUAAAGAUUUUUCUAUUUAUUGUUUUAUACUACUUUGCAUAGCUUUGUAAGAUUUUCUUUUUGCUUUGAAAUUCCUUAAGAACUGUGCUGCUUGUGUUGCCAGGCAACUGCACCAAGUAGAUUAUGUCAAUAGCCUGUGUGAUGGCAAUGUGGUAGAUGUAGAAAUGCUAGAUUUGUCCUGCGCAUUGCAGUCUGUAGCAUUUCAUACCGGGUUGUCAAGUUCGGUCAGUGUCAAAACACUGUAUAUCUAUACCUAUAAUGAAAAUUACUGUGGCUUUACAUGUACAAUAGUUGAACAGACAAGUCACGAAAAUGGAUUCACUUGAUGCUUUUUGCUUGAGUCGCGUUUAUUUAGUGAAAUGUGAUGUAACACCUAGGUAGGAUGUUUGAUCAAAGACUGAUGAAACUGAACUGUUAAAACAUCUUCUAAUCAUGGAUUCUAGCUGAGGGCGUCCUCCUCGGCUCCCCUGACGCAAGGCAGAAGGGUUGAAAAUCUGUCACCUUCCCUGGAACGCAACAGCCAGGAGAGGUGUGAAAUCCUUUACCCGAUCUGGGCCUAACCCUCUCACUGCCAGACUGGACAUGAAAACUCUCGAAACUUGACAUUGUUGUCUCAAUCGUGUCAACAUGUAUAUUGCAUGACAAUAUUGCAGGAGGAAUUUUGAUGUUUUGUAAACUUUGAACUCUUUGAGCAUUGUGUUUGUGUGACAGAGCAGUGCCCAACCCCCCCCAACUUCCUGAGCCAAGAGUUGACGCAAAGCCCGGUCCCUCAUUUAUUUACAAUAUCUGACUGCCAAUUCCAGAUGCCCUUCGAACCUGUGAAGUGGUUUAUUUCAAGAAUGGCUGUUGUGGAGAUUGUGUUUGAUAUUAUUGCUUAUAGUUGUCUUUUUAAUGCUUUGCUUCAUGCAGCACUUCAUUAAACAGAUUUGUGUCAAAAACGCCAAAAGUACAUAACUGAUACUGACACAAGCCAGCGGGGUCUGAUAUUUCACCUUCCUCCACUGUUUUUCAAGGUAACCAGUCCAUUUCAAGUAGACCACACUAUUCCAUGUGCAGAAUAGCCGGCGCUUUUAAGUCAAGGAAGUUAGACACGCGAUACAUGUGCAGGGAAUUCAGCUACAACUAAAUUGAUCUGUGUCUUCAAAGGAAGGGCCCUUUUAAUUAGAUGUCUCUACUCAUCAUUACUUUGGUGUUUACAAGUGCUUUUACACCAGAGAUAUUUGGAUAGUGUGCACAUCGAACCUCAGUUGGGUGCAGGAUGAAAGCAACAUGCAAGGGAAAAAGAGAAGUAGUUCACACACAGAAUAUUGCAAGAAACCAAUUAUUUAAUGAGGCAACAUCAUGAUCUUUGUCAGGCAAACGCUCAUGUAAGAGAAAAACUGAAAACUCCACAUGCAAUCAGAAAAACACAUGAUACAAAAAACUUCUAUAAACCAAGACAGUGUCCACUAUAUAUACAGUAUAUGUGAAGUCCGAUGGCAACUUUCCUACAACUGGCUAAUAGACUCUACAGGGUAUAAACUGUAUAAUACACAUUUUUGACAAAUGUACAAUGAUAGAAAUUAGUACAGUGUUGUGAUUGUGCAUGAGGAAGAUAAAUCUGUAAAUAGUCUAAGUUUCUUUUGGUAUCAUGUGAUAUAAUUGUAGGUGGAGCUGUCAUAUUCUGUGUGCAUAUACAGUACAUAUAGCCAGUUUUUUUCUCGCAUGGUAGUUUGCAGAACAGAGCUUGGUGGUUGAAAUGUUGCCUCAUUAAAUUGCAAUAUCCAGUGUGCAGCCUACCUCUCUCUUUUCAUAUGAUAAAUAGUCUUUAACUUCCUGUUUUGUUGCCAUAACACCAGGGAUAAUUGAUGACUGAGCUCUUGGAAAGGGUCUUAGUGAUUUGACAGUAAUGGUUUCAUAUCUUAUUUACUUGUAUUUGCAUUGGCAAUAAAUACUGAUAGGGACCUGAUUUCAGUUUUUCAUAAGCAAAAACUACAGGAGCUUGUUUGUUGGUUUGAAUGAUUGCCUUUUAUAAAUCUUGAACAUUCCCAGAGAUGCAGGUUGGGUAAUUGAUUGCCACUGAACAGCAGCUUUAGCUUCAGUGUGUAAAUCUCAUAAUCUUGGACUUCAUUCAUUCAAAACUGAACUCAUUUCAUCUUUCUAGACUUGAGCCAGGAAGUGGAGGGUGUGGUUACAGAGUAUGUGUGUAUGUGUGUUUCACAAUGCCGCCAUCAUCAUCGGAGCUGUACAGUCGUGCUCUGAACGAUGUUUUUGUAGUAAUAAUAAUAAUAAUAAUAAUACCAUCCAUAGCUGCCUCCCAAGGUUCCUCCAGACGUUCUGAUGGUGUUGUAGCUGCGUUUUGAGGGCUGCAUGUAUUGACUGUGUGCUGGCUCCAGGUUUAGGUGUAAAAUAGUUUGUGGUGAUGUUUUCAGUUCAGCCAGUGAUGCUUUAUUUUUCAGUGAUGUAUUUUUAUAUGACCAUGGUUUGUUUAUUUUCUCUUCUGUUAUUCUGUCAAAUAGUUGCCAUCGUGACCAUUAAAAAGGCACUUUGCUAUUGUCA